GUUUGCGUUUAAAGCGCCCGGAGACGAGUCAGCGAGCAUUAGCGGCGUGCUGAUGACAUCACCCUCCUCCCCUUUCCUCCCGUGUGUGCCAUUGAAACAAGUGCUCUCAGUACAGGCCCCAGGAGCGAGUGCUUGCCAGCGGGACUAUGGGGAGGGGUUGGCUUUAAGCGAAUGGUAAGAGAGAAAGAGCGAGAGUGAGAGAGUGGAGUGUAUUCGCAGUGCUUUGCGCACACAGCAAGAGAAAGAGGGGCGGAAUAUCGCUGCUGUCUGCUGGGAGUCUGUCCUCACUAUUUCUCGCUCGCGAACGCUCGGACGCUUCCGGAACAAACUUUUUAAACAAAGCCUGACUGGAUUCUGGACGCUUUCUUUUCCCGUCUGUCGUUUCUCGUCGCUCCAUCCUCGGCCGGUCUGUUUGUGUUCGUCUGUAGCAUCAUGCGUGCCCUCAUGAUGCCAACUCGUGCACGGAGUCAACAGCCCACAUACGUACCCCGCCGCAGGAGCGCACGCACGCUCGACCCGCCAGUGGUGUGACGGAUGAAGAACGGACCUUAGCGCCAGCGGGACUGGCCACUCGCUCCUGUGCCUUUUUUUACCCACAAUUCCGGGGUUACAUCAUGUUGAGUCUGCAGGAUUCGGUGUUCUUUGAGAUCAGCAUCAAGUCACUUCUCAAGUCGUGGAGCGGGAACACCUCCGUCCCAGUGAGCAGCAGCAACAGCAGCAGUGUGAGUAGACGCCGUACGGCUCCGUCCCUUCCCCUCAGCUGGGAGAAGCGCAGUACUCACGUCGCAGCCAUGUCCAGCAUCACCAUCGACCCCGAGCUCAAGCCCGGAGAGUUCGUCAUCAAGAGCCUCUUCGCCGAGUUCGCUGUGCUCGCCGAGAAGAAGAUCGAGGUGGUCAUGGCCGAACCUCUGGAGAAGCCGUUAUCCAGAUCACUGCAGAGAGGGGAGGAUGCACAGUUUGACCAGUUAAUAAGCUCUAUGAGCUCGAUAGCAGAACACUGUUUACCUUCACUCUUACGCACGCUGUUCGACUGGUACCGGCGACAAAGUGGCACCGAGGAUGAGUCCUAUGAGUACAGACCCAGAUCCAGCACCAAGUCCAAAGGAGAUGAACAGCACCGUGAUAAAGACUACCUAUUGGAGAGGAGGGACUUAGCCAUAGACUUCAUUUUUUGUUUAGUUUUAGUGGAGGUUUUAAAACAGAUUCCUCUUCAUCCUGUGCCAGAUGCUUUAGUACAUGAAGUCCUUAACCUGGCAUUUAAGCACUUUAAACACAAAGAGGGCUGUUCGGGGCCCAACACUGGUAAUGUGCACAUCAUUGCUGAUCUGUAUGCUGAGGUCAUAGGAGUCCUCACCCAGUCCAAGUUCCAGGCAGUGCGGAAGAAGUUCAUAACCGAGCUGAAGGAGCUGCGGCAGAAGGAACAGAGUCCUCACGUGGUACAGAGCAUCAUCAGCCUCAUCAUGGGCAUGAAGUUCUUUAGAGUCAAAAUGUAUCCUGUUGAAGACUUUGAGGCCUCCUUUCAGUUCAUGCAGGAAUGUGCCCAGUAUUUUCUCGAGGUGAAAGAUAAGGAUAUAAAGCAUGCACUUGCUGGACUGUUUGUGGAGAUCCUCAUUCCUGUAGCUGCAGCGGUAAAGAAUGAGGUGAACGUGCCUUGUCUGAAGAACUUUGUAGAAAUGCUCUACCAGACCACCUUCGACCUCAGCUCCAGAAAGAAGCACUCACUGGCACUCUAUCCUCUGGUCACAUGUUUGCUGUGUGUCAGUCAGAAGCAGUUUUUCCUCAAUAACUGGCACAUCUUCCUGCAGAACUGCCUCUCGCACCUAAAGAAUAAAGAUCCCAAAAUGUCUCGUGUAGCACUGGAGUCUCUCUACAGGCUGCUGUGGGUCUACAUCAUCAGGAUCAAGUGUGAGAGCAACACCACAACACAAAGCCGUCUCCUCAGUAUUGUCUCGGCACUUUUCCCCAAGGGCUCUCGCAGUGUGGUGCCCAGGGACACCCCACUCAACAUCUUUGUAAAGAUCAUUCAGUUCAUUGCUCAGGAAAGGCUUGAUUUUGCCAUGAAAGAAAUAAUCUAUGAUCUACUCUGUGUGGGCAAAUCUCACAAGACCUUCACUAUAAACCCAGAGAGAAUGAAUAUUGGCUUACGAGCGUUUCUGGUAAUAGCCGAUAACCUCCAACAGAAAGAUGGCGAGCCACCUAUGCCCACUACUGGUGUCAUCCUGCCCUCUGGUAACACCCUACGGGUCAAGAAGAUCUUCCUAAACACCACUCUUACAGAUGAAGAGGCCAAAGUCAUUGGAAUGUCUCUGUACUACCCUCAGGUGAGAAAAGCUCUGGAUAACAUCCUCAGGCACUUGGACAAAGAUGUGGGACGUUCCAUGACCAUGACCAAUGUGCAAAUGUCCAAUAAAGAGCCAGAGGACAUGAUCACUGGCGAGAGAAAGCCAAAAAUCGACCUUUUCCGGACAUGUGUAGCAGCCAUUCCCAGACUGAUUCCAGAUGGCAUGAGCAGACAAGAUCUCAUUGAGCUUCUGGCCAGAUUGACCAUCCACAUGGACGAGGAGUUGCGUGGCCUGGCCUUCACCACUCUACAGGCUCUCAUGGUGGAUUUCCCAGACUGGAGGGAGGAUGUUCUCUCUGGCUUUGUGUACUUCGUUGUGCGUGAAGUGACCGACGUGCACCCUGUGCUGCUGGACAAUGCUAUCAAGAUGCUGCUACAGCUCAUCAUCCAGUGGAGACAGGCUGUACAAAGCAGCAACCGCAGCCAGGACUCACAGGGCUCUAAAGGAAGUACAUGUCUGCCUCUGGAACGCUCUCCUCUCCUAUCUGUACUGCAUGUGGUGGAGGGUCUGGCCCUUGUGGUGCUGUGCAGCUGCAGGCCGGCCACUCGCCGUCUCGCCGUCAACGUGCUCAAAGAGGUCCGAGCCCUGCACAACGCCCUGGGCAUUGCCAAGGGUGAUGAGGAGUUGGCUGUAGAUGUGAUGGACAGGGUGAGUGCUUCAAUUCUAGAGAGCUUCAUCCAUCUGACUGGAGCUGAUCAGACUAACCUGCUGUACUGUCCUGGAGGAAUUGACCUCCAGACUCUGGCCGAGUGGAGCUCCUCACCCAUCAGCCACCAGUUUGAUGUCAUCAGCCCAUCGCAUAUCUGGGUGUUUGCUCAUGUGACCCAGGGUCAGGACCCAUGGGUCAUCAGCCUUUCCAGCUACCUGCGGCAGGAGAACCUUCCCAAGCACUGUCCCACGGCACUCAGCUACGCCUGGCAUUUUGCCUCCACCCGACUCCAGCUGCUUUCUCCUCAAGUAGACAUCAAUAGCCCGAUCAAUGCUAAGAAGAUGAACAGCAUGAGCAGUAGCACUGACUCCUAUGUGGGCUUGUGGAGAAACUACUUGAUUCUGUGCUGCAGCUCUGCAACAUCUUCACCGUCCUCUACAUCCUCAUCCUCAGCCCCAGGCUCUGUCCGCUGCUCCCCACCAGAGACGCUGGCGUCCACCCCGGACAGCGGAUACAGCUACGACUCGAAGAUCAUUGGGGUUCCGUCCCCCUCUUCUCUGUUCAAGCAUGUGGUUCCAAUGAUGCGCUCUGAGAGCAUGGACAUCACCGAGUCCCUCGUCCUGGGGCUUGGCCGGACCAACCCCGUCGCCUUCAGAGAGCUGUUAGAGGAGCUAAACCCCAUCAUUAAGGAGGCACUGGAGAGAAGACCAGAGAAUAUGAAGAGGCGGCGGCGGCGUGACAUCCUCAGAGUCCAGCUGGUCCGGAUCUUUGAGCUGUUGGCUGAUUCCGGAGUAAUCAGCCAAAUUGGGAGUGGGGGGCUGGAUGGAGAGAGCCAUUCUCUGAACAGCACCCUGUUAGAGUAUGUCGAUUUGACACGCCAGCUGCUGGAAGCUGAGAACGACAAAGACUCCGAUACACUCAGAGACAUCCGCUCCCACUUCAGCGCUCUGGUGGCCAGUAUCAUUCAAAAUGUGCCAGUGCACCAGAGAAGAAGUAUUUUUCCACAGCAGUCCCUGAGACACAGUCUGUUCAUGCUGUUCAGUCACUGGGCCGGACCCUUCAGCAUCAUGUUUACUCCUCUAGAUCGUUACAGUGACCGGAACAUGCAGAUUAACAGACACCAGUACUGCGCUCUCAAAGCUAUGUCAGCUGUGCUGUGUUGUGGUCCGGUUGCUGAUAACGUUGGUCUUUCGUCUGAUGGAUACCUGUACAAAUGGCUUGACAACAUCCUGGACUCACAGGACCGCAAGGUUCACCAGCUGGGCUGUGAAGCAGUGAUGCUUCUGUUAGAGCUCAACCCGGACCAGAAUAAUCUGAUGUUCUGGGCAGUGGACCGCUGUUACACAGGCUCUCGCAGGGUGGCUACUGGCUGUUUCCGAGCCAUCGCCAAUGUCUUUCACAACAGGGAUUAUCAGUUUGACACGGUGGUGCUGCUGAACCUGAUCUUGUUUAAGGCUGCAGAUUCUUCUAGAGAUAUAUACGAGGUGGCCAUGCAACUACUUCAGAUACUAGAGCCGAAACUAUUCCGCUAUGCCCAAAAACUGGAAAUCCAGCGCGCUGACGGGAUCUUGGCUCCACCUUCUCCGUUGCCCCACCUCUACUCAGUCUCCUACUAUCAGCUCAGUGAAGAGCUGGCACGCACCUACCCUGAGCUCACCCUGCCCAUCUUUUCAGAGGUGAGUCAAAGGAUCCAGACAGCGCACCCUGGUGGUAGGCAGGUGAUGUUGCACUACCUGCUGCCCUGGAUGAAUAACGUGGAGUUGGUGGACUUUAAGCCUCUCUUGAGGCGGCAGGAGGAAACCGAGGAGGAGGAGAGCGCACGUGACCAGGAGAUCAUAAUGAUGAACAGUCGCCGCUGGCUUCGAGGAGAGGGUUGGGGAUCUCCACAAGCAACCACCAUGAUCCUCAACAACCUCAUGUUUAUGACGGCUAAGUAUGGGGAUGAGUUUGCCUGGUCUGAGAUUGAGAACGUAUGGACCACUCUGGCGGAUAGCUGUCCCAAAAAUCUCAAGAUCAUUCUGCACUUCCUUAUCAGCAUGUCAGGAGUCAACAGUGAGCCGAGUCUUGUGCCUUACAUAAAGCGGGUGGUGGUUUACCUGGGCAGGGACAAAACUAUGCAGCUGCUGGAGGUGCUGAUGAGUGAGCUGGAGCUAACUGAUCCUGUCAGCUCAGCUGUAACUCACAUGGAUAACCCACCCUAUUACCGCAUUACUUCCUCCUACAAAAUCCCCUCUGUCACAGGCACUGCAUCCAGCAGCAACACUAUGGUUCCUGGACCUGAUGGCCAUCAGGACAACAAGCUCAAAGACCCCAACAUGGACGACAAUUAUUCACAUUUGGAUAUCUACGGUGGGCUCAAUAGCAAUCUGAACAGACAGCACCACCGUCUGGAGUCUCGUUACAGCAGCAGUUCUGGAGGAUCUUAUGAAGAAGAAAAAAGUGACUCUAUGCCUGUUUAUGCUAACUGGCGUUUAAAAGUCAUGGAUCAUAACCGACCUGAGCCGCUCCCCUUCCCACCUACAGGGGGCUGCUGGUCUCCGCUGGUUGACUAUUUACCAGAAACCACUGCACCUGGAGUCUGCCUUCACAGGUGUAAUAUUGCUGUGAUCCUGCUCACUGAUCUCAUUGUGGAUCACGGAGUCAAAAUUGAGUGGGGCGCCUACCUGCAUCUUCUACUGCAUGCCAUCUUCAUAGGGUUAGACCACCAGCACCCAGAGGUCUAUGAGCACUGCAAGCGUCUGCUACUCCACCUGCUGGUCGUUCAGGGAACCAACAACAGAGUUCAGUCACUGGCCUCUGUCCUGCUGCGCAACCGGGAGUUCCAUGAGCCCAGGGUCCUGACUAUAAAACCCACACCUCAGGAGUUAAACCUCACAGGUGUAUCAGAGUUGGUUCCAGAAUACCAGCCUUCCCCUAUGACAGACUCUGGUCUGAGUUCUUGCUCCACUUCCUCCAGCAUCAGUUUGGGUGGCACGGCUCUGCCCCACCUCCCCCAUGCGCUGCUCAACGAGGUGGACCUGUCUGCCGAACAAGACGAAAAAAUUAAAAACCUGAUUGAGUUUAUAAGUUCCAGGAAGCGUGGCCCGCUCUGGAAUCAUGAGGACAUGUCUCCCAAAAACACCAACAUCAAAAGUGCCGAGCAGCUUAGCGUCUUCCUGCGCCACGUCAUCGCUGUCUUCAAGCAGACGCAGUCAGGAUUCCAGUUGGAGCAGCUGUUGAGUGAGGUGGCCCUCCAGACGGCUCUGUCGUGUUCCUCUCGGCACUACGCCGGCCGCUCUUUCCAGAUCUUCAGGGCUUUGAAACAACCGCUCACUGCCUCCACGCUCUCAGAUGUGCUUUCUCGACUAGUGGAGACUGUGGGCGACCCUGGAGAGGAGGCUCAGGGCUUUGUAAUUGAAUUACUUCUGACUUUGGAGGCUGGUAUAGAUACUUUGGCUGAUACCAUGAAGAACUAUGACUUGCUCACAGCACUAUCACAAGCAUCAUGCCAUGAUCCCUUGUUGGGUACCAAGUUUGCCAUCAACAGAAAGAGCACAGGCCAGCUUAACCUAAGCAGUGGCGGUGGCCUGUUGCACGUGCACUACAGUCACGGCCGCAGCAACUCUCUUCGUGCCAGCCACAUGGGUGAGCGCAGGGGCGACCGGCGACGGAGCAACACCCUGGACAUUGGUGACCGUUCUGUAGCCAACCACGGCAAUCUGUUACGCGCACGUAGCCUGUCCUCCUUGUGCGAAGGCGGCGUGCCGGAUGGAGGGGGAGGGGAAGAAGGCGGAGGAGGAGGAGCGGGUGCAGGAGAGACGGGUCCACCGGCAGACCCCACAAAUUUGCUGGCGACGCUGUUCUGGAUUUCAGCGUCAUUGCUGGAGUCGGACUACGAGUUCGAGUACCUGUUGGCGCUGCGCCUGCUGAACCGCCUGCUGGCCCACCUGCCUCUGGACAAAGCGGAGAGCAGGGAGCGACUGGAGCGCGUACAGGCCAAGCUGCGGUGGUACAACUUCCCCGGCCUCCUGCAGCUCUUCCUUAAGGGCUUCACCUCAGCUGCCACGCAGGAGCUCACCAUCCACCUGCUGAGCAAGCUCAUCAGUGUGUGUCGACACGCGCUCGUAGACCCUUCACAGGUGGCAGGUUUCCCCCUGAACAUCCUGUGUCUGCUGCCUCAUCUGAUCCAGCACUUUGACAGUCCCACAGCGUUCUGCAAGGAGACGGCCGACCGCAUCGCUAAGGUGUGCGCCGAGGAAAAGUCGGCCACGCUGGCCAACCUGGCGCACAUGUUGAGCCUGUACUCCACACACAGCUACUCACGGGACAGCACCAACUGGAUCAACGUGGUCUGCCGCUACCUCCACGAUGCCUUUGCUGACAUCACCUUCAACCUGGUCACGUACCUAGCUGAGUUACUAGAGAAGGGCCUGCCCAGCAUGCAACAGUCUCUGCUGCUGAUCAUCUACAGCCUGCUGAGUCAUAUAGACCUGUCAGCAGCACCUGUGAAGCAGUUCAACCUGGAGAUCAUGAAGAUCAUAGGCAAAUACGUACAGAGCCCAUACUGGAAAGAGGCCCAAAACAUUCUGAAGUUAGUGGUGUCUCGCUCAGCCAGUCUGGUGGUGCCUGAUGAGAUGCAGCGCUCCUACAGCACCGAGUCAUCAGGCUCGCCCGAAAUCACUUUCACACGUAUAUUCAACAACGCCUCCAAAGAGUUGCCGGGCAAAACGCUUGACUUCCACUUUGACAUUUCAGAGACACCCAUCAUUGGGCACAAAUAUGGAGACCAGCGCAAUGCAGCCGGUCGUAAUGGAAAACCUCAGGUCAUUGCAGUGACCAGGAGCACAUCCUCCACUUCAUCUGGGUCCAAUUCCAACGGCCUGGUACCAGUCAGCUGGAAGAGACCUCAGCUAUCCCAGAGGAGAACCCGAGAGAAGCUGAUGAACGUCUUAUCUCUGUGUGGACCAGAGACUGGCCUGCCCAAAAAUCCUUCGGUUGUCUUCUCUUCAAGCGAGGACUUGGAUGCAGGUGACCAGCAGACCAGCCUUAUUCCUACAGUCGAGGAAGUGACACGGGAGGAGGAAGUGCAAGCGGAGGAUGCAGGAAGUGAACAGCAGUUUGGCGUGUUUAAGGACUUUGAUUUUCUGGAUGUGGAACUGGAAGACGCAGAGGGAGAAAGCAUGGACAACUUCAACUGGGGUGUAAGGAGGCGUUCUUUGGACAGCAUGGACAAAGGCGACACCCCGUCGUUGCAGGAGUGCCAGUAUGCGGGCAGCACGCCCAGCCUCAAUCUGACCAACCAGGAGGAUACGGAUGAGUCAUCUGAGGAGGAGGUACUGAGCGCUAGCCAGAUUCUCACCCGAACGACCCUCCUGAACAGUGACUCUGCGACAGACGACGCCACAUCCAACCACAUGGAUUCCCUGCAGCAGUCUCAGGAAUCUUCCAGUAGCAUUCUUACCGAAGAAGCCACGCCCACCCCACCACUACCCAUCCAUGAGACCACGCAUUCUGAUGGCAAUCUCAGCCAGCUGCCUGAGGACACGAGCGUAACAGCCAUGGAUGAGCUAAGCAGCAGCGUGAGCGAGGACACGGGUUUCUGCAGCGCCCCACCGCUGCCAUCCGACCCCCCCGAACUUUGUGAUCUUCCAGACCCCCCUGAUGACCCCUACCUUGCCCCCCGUCCUCAUCCAGGUAUGGACAGUCCUCCUGGUUCGCUCUGUGAGGAGGAGGAGACGGCACCAGAUUCGGUGUGUGAGGAAGAUGUAACGCUGGCACUCAAGGAGCUUGAUGAGAGGUGCGAGGAAGAAGAGGCUGACUUCUCUGGCAUGUCCAGUCAGGAUGAAGGUGAUGCGGACAGUUUUCCCGAGUUGCAGUCCUCGCCUCCGCCGUCUCCCUUUCUCUCUGCCAUCCUGGCAGCGUUUCAGCCGGUCACUUACGAUGAUGAGGAGGAUGCCUGGCGCUGCCACGUCAACCAGAUGCUCUCUGACACUGACGGUUCCAGUGCUGUCUACACUUUCCAUGUCUUUUCACGUCUGUUCCAGCACAUCCAAGGAAAGUUUGACUCCAUUACCCAUGCUUCAGUGCGUUUCCUCGGUGAGGGGCUUCAACGAAUGGGAAACCAGUUCCUCAGCUCUCUGGAGGUCCUAACAUCAUGUUCCCAGUGUCCCACAGUGCUACUGGAUGCAGAGACUCUGGUUUCCUGUGGGUUGCUGGAGACAUUAAAGUUCAGUGUACUGGAGUUGCAGGAGCACCUGGAUACGUACAACGGCAAAAAAGAUGCAGCCGAACAGUGGUUAGAGAACUGCAGAAAGACAUUUGGUGAUAAAGACAGCAACCGUCGACCAACCGCUCAAGCUCAGCAAAUGGAAAUUCUAGCAGAGCUGGAGCUGUGUCGGAGGUUGUAUAAGCUUCAUUUUCAGCUGCUGCUGCUCUUUCAGGCCUACUGCAAACUCAUCAACAGAGUGGACACUAUAAAAAGAGAGGCUGAGGUAACCAACAUGUCAGAGGAGCUAGCCAUGUUGGAGAGCUGUCUGAAGCAGGCUGAGUCAGUGAGCGAUGGACAGGAAGGAGUCAGCGUGUCUGUGGCAGUGCAGUCCAGCACAGAAACGGCUAUCCACUCGCUGAUCGAGAGUCUUCGUGCUCAAGACUUCAGCUCUGCACUCGCUCAAGUCAAAGCCUUUAGAUGCUUGUGGCCCAACGACAUUUUUGGCAGCGAUAAGGACGACGCGGUUCAGACCCUGCUGCACAUCUACUUUCGCCACCAGACGCUGGGUCAGACCGGCUGCGUAGCAGUGGUGGGGCCGAGCAGGGAUUUGUCUCAGUCCAGCGCUCGUCUGAUGGAGCUCAACAUGCAGAUCUGUGAGGCUCUGCGCCAGGCUCAGAGCUCCCAGAGCCUCAUUUACAACCAAACGCCCAGUUCUCCUCAGACUCAGAUCAACACUCACAAUACAGUGUUCAGCUCGGGACUGUGACAGGUCACAGAUCUAGUGCAGGGACUACAGAUUCAUUCAGCAGGGAACAGAAGUAAGUUGUCUUGUCUGCCAGGGUGGCUGGCUGGGGGCUAAAGUACGCGUGUGAGGAUCAUUUUGACUAAAACACACAGUUGAAUACAUAAAUUAAGUUUCCCCAUUUUUUGUGAUAGAAUGCAAAUUUCAGGUAAUGAGGACAUGAUUUCGGGAGGGACACUGGGCAACGAUGAUGCUAAAUUGCACAUGUUUUAGCGGAAGGACCUAAGACCUCUGGAGUGAUCUAAAAACCGGAUACAGUUACAGUGUGCUGUAGCAAAGCACUGGUGGUGUCCGUUCUAUCCACUUUAUUCAAUAUCUCAACCAAUAAGUACAUAAACCAAGAUUUAAACGCAUGCGUGAAAGUGAAAAAGCACUGCAACUAUUUUUUUGAGAAGUGUAUUUUUAUUAGAGCUAACAAUCCUAGGUUGUAAAUGUUAGAAAAUGUAUAAUUGAGAAGCGAGGACUCGGCUCUCAGACUCUUUAUUGAGGUUGAACUUUACUGACCCGCACCAAGCAGAAACUUUAGCUUUCGUUGAGUUGCUCUAACAAACUCAUACUCUAUAACCAAAAACGUAGCUGCCUGUAGACAACCAUAGACUCCUGACCAUGUGGGAGGAUGACGUGUGCGUGUGCGAGAGUGUGUUCCAUAUACUGAUCUUUGCACACACAUUCUCUUACAUGCACAUUAGCACAUUAAAAGUGCAACCUGGCUGCAACUCAUAAAGGAAAUGUCAAUAACUUAUUGUACUCUGUAUAUAUUUUAGAAAAAUGUAUAGUGUAAAAGCAGUAUUUUUCCCUUGUACAUUUGUGUAAUGCACUGUUCAACAGAAUAGAGUAUAAAGCUAAUGCAAAAAAAGAAAAAAAAAAACAGCUGUAACAGCCACUAACGACCCUCUUUCUCGUUACAAAAACCCAAUUUCCAGCUUUUUUCUUCAAACCAGCGCCCUGUGAGCUCAGGACAGGUCUCAUCAGUUCUCUUCUCUUCUUAAUCUCCACUGUGAUUUUUCAUAUUGGCUCGCAAUCCUCUGCAGACACCCUGCUCUAAACCCCCUGUCGAGGGGAAAACCAGGGCCAGGGUUCCUCUGUGUUGGCUUCAUGUUAAUCUCCAGGUUCAGGGCUGCACUGAGGGAGCGGUGGCUCAGCUGUGCUUUUUAACAGCACUGUGCUUCACUUUAUUUUGCUUAACCUUGACGCGAAGUGCUGGGCCAUCGUUUUUUUUUUUAAGUGUUGGAGGAACACGUCAUGGCACAUUACAAAGAAAUCACUGUAUUCAUUCCCUACUAAACUUUUCUGUUGCUUGUCUGGUACAUUUGAAUGCUGUUCUUAAUUAUUUAAUGGAUAUUAUUUGGAGGAAAAUAGUUUUUUAUUUAGAGGUGCAUUACCCCUAUCUGUUCCCCCUCAUCCUUUUGUGUUCUUUUUUUGUUGUUGUUUUUUUUGUUUUUCAUCCUUCCCAUCUCACUUACCUGCCUUACCUUGUCCUUAAUAAAUAAAAAGUUAAUCUGAA